AUGAGAGUCAAAGUCAUCAUUGGAUUUGACAUUUAUGAGCUUAUUGCUCUCCUUGAGACGAGCAGUUUCAGAGAAGUGGGAGCCAAAAGAAUUACGAACGUUGCUGUAGUAAAUAGCACAUUGUCGCAGAUCCUGAACAGUUUACAGUCUGAAGGAGAUAGACAUGCAAACAACAAGUUUGAACUAACUGCUACAAAAAUAGCAGAGAAGGCCUACCAUGAACAGCUGUCUGUGGCUGAGAUCACCAACACCUGCUUCGAGCCGGCCAAUCAGAUGGUGAAGUGUGACCCUCGCCAUGGCAAGUACAUGGCCUGCUGCAUGCUGUAAAGGGGCGACGUGGUCCCGAAGGACGUCAACGUGGCCAUCGCCACCAUCAAGACCAAGCGCACCAUCCAGUUUGUGGGCUGGUGCCCGACCGACUUUAAGGUGGGCAUCAACUACCAGCCCCCCACCGUGGUGCCCAGGGGCGACCUGGCCAAGGUGCAGCGGGCUGUGUGCAUGCUGAGCAACACCACAGCCAUCACUGAGGCCUGGGCCCGCCUGGACCAUAAGUUCGACCUCAUGUACGCCAAGUGGGCCUUCGUGCACUGGUACGUGGGUGAAGGCAUGGAGGAAGGGGAGUUCUCCAAGGCCCCCGAGGACCUGGCUUCCCUGAAGAAGGAUUACGAGGAGGUGGGCGUGGACUCUGUGGAGGCGGAGGCCGAGGAGGGGUAG